GUUGGAUUGUUCCUCAAAUGGGAUUACGACUUAGUAUUCAAAUUUAUUGUUGAGGCAAAAAAAUUACGUAAGUGCUUUGAGGAAAUUGACGAUAAAUUCGAAUUACUAGCAAAAGAACUUA